UAAAUAACUGAUACUAAUCAGUAACCAGUAGUUUAACUAACUGGUUAGUAGAACCUAUUAUUUUUUUUAAAAAAUUAUUUUAUUAUUAAUUUUUUUUUUUAGUUAACAUUAUAAUUAUAAAGUAAUAUGUCGGUAAACAACAACAACAACACAAACAAACCGGUUGUAUACCUGACCCGUAUCGAGAUGUUUGAUUCGGCACACCGUCUGAAUAGCGAACUACUCGAUCGGCAAACAAAUUGUGAGACAUUCGGCAAAUGUAAUACAAUUCACGGACACCACUAUAGAGUAGAGUUGACUGUUAAGGGAACAGUAGAUCCCAUCACUGGUUUCCUAAUGAAUACCUAUGAUAUCAAUCAAAUAAUGGACGAAACUAUAUUGAAACCGUUUGAUCAUAAGUUUAUCGAUAGAGAUAUCCCGUACUUUAAGGACAGUAAUAUAUCGUCGACUGUUGAGAACAUAGUGGUCUACAUAUGGAAAGCCGUUUCCGAGAGAUUGCCGACAAAUGUUUCGUUACAUUCAAUGAAAUUGUAUUCAACUGAGAAAAAUGUUGUCACCUAUUUUGGAUGAAUUUGAAUAAUUAAUUAAUUAAUUAAUUAAUUAAUAAGUUUAU